AUGGGGCUGCCCCUCCUGCUAGGCGUUGUCGCUACCGCACACGCGCUAGCACCAAACACCUGGGAUCGCGCGCCCGUGUUCAUCCACACGAACUACCACGACGUGCCUCUCACGGAGCGCGAGCUUGUGGAAUUGAAGCGCUUCGACCUCAUUACCUUGGAAAAGAACCAGGGCGGCACCGGGCCAGACGUCGUCGCGCGCAUCGUCGCGGCGGCGAAGCAGCUCAAGGCGGUCACGGAUGCGCCCGUGCUCAUGUACACGAAUCUUCUGCUCGACUGGCCGCAGUUCGCGACGCUGCACGAAGAGUUCGCGGCCAACGCGGCCGACUGGCGACUCGAGGACGCGCGCGGCGCGGUCGUGAGUGUCAAAAAGUCGGGCCUCGACAUGGCGUGCUUCGACCAGGCGAACGCGUCGAUGCGAGCCGCCUGGAAGCGGCAGUGCGCCGACGCCGUCGCGACGGGCGCGCUCGACGGCUGCUUCGUCGACCGAGCCGCGCAAUACCAGUACGGCUGCAACGCAAGAAAAAGGACGAACGGCGGGAAACCGCUCAUCUCCAACGCGUCCUGCGACGCCUACGCGCUGGCCCAGACGGAGCUGCAGGCGGAGGUCGGCCUCGUGAUUUCGAACUGCGGCAGCCAGGCGGACGUCGCGGCGUGUCCGCCGACAGGCGUCGCAGGAGUCAUGUUCGAAUUCUGGUGCGACGUCGCCGACGGGACAUCCAAGAACUGGCCGGGCAUGGGGCCGCCGGAAUCCACGUGCGCGGACCUCGUCAAACAGGCGGCGGCGCUCGGCGACGACCACGUCGUGCUGAUUCAUCGAGGCGUCGGUGCGGCGAACAACGCGACGUAUUCGUACGCGGCGUUUCUUUUAGCGGCGGGCAACUACUCCAAGUUCGGCGACGGCGCGUGGGCCGGCGACUGGAUCUGGCUCGAUGCCUACGAUCGACCGCUCGGGGCUCCCAAAGGCUCCUACUACGUCGCGGGCGACGACGCGCUCGUGCUCCGGCGGGACUUUGAGCGCGUCGGCGUCGUCGUGGACACGAGGAAUAGCUGCCCCGACUCUCCAUUACUCUCCGACGAUCGAGGACCAGAGAAAGUCCCCCUUGAGCGCACGAUGGCGUCGCUCGUGGAGGCCGCCCCCGGGGAGGAGAAGCCGAAGCGCAAGGUCAAGUACGCGUCGGGCUUCUUCGCCGGCGUGGGCAACAACAAGCCCGUCCCCAAGGAGAAGGCCGCGGCCGACGCCCACCCGGACACGGUCUGCGGCGUCUGCGGCGCCGCGGACUCCUACAGCCGCUGCGGGCGGUGCCAGAAGGUCGUCUACUGCGGGCCCGAGUGCCAGGAGUACGACUGGUGGCGCCACAAGAAGACGUGCAUCCCCUGGGACUACAAGCCCAUCCCCGCCGCGGAGCAGUCGACGAUCUGCCCCUACUGCCAGCGCGAGGUGAAGAUGAAGGACCUGGGGCUCCACAUGGACAGCGACUGCGGCAAGUACCUCGACGUCAUGCUCGGGCGCAAGCCCAUGCCGCCCAUGGACGGCCCGGACCCCGCGGACGACGACGGGAACGACGAGCCCGAGGUCGAGUGGGUGCCGAGCCCCAAGGACCCGAGCGUCAAUUUGGUCAAGGGCGGCCCGCCGCCGCGGGAGCGCAAGGGCAAGGACGGCGGCCCCGUGGCGCCGCCGAAGCGCGACCGGCGCCGCGAGCGCUUCAAGAAGGACCUGAACCCCGUCUACCCGGGCCUCGAGGGCAAGACGCAAAAACCGCUCAGCGAGCGCGAGCGGCCCGCGGACGCGGCCGCGGGGCGCCUCAACCCCUUCUGGGACUUUGUGGACGAGUACCCGACGACGGCGCGGGGCGCCAUGCUCAUGGGCUGGUGCCGCCACCGCCACCGCGCCAUGAAGGACGAGGACCUCAUCGACCGGCCGAACCGCGGCGAGAACGCGACGGCCGAGCGCGCGGAGGCCGCGAAGCGCCACCACCGGCGCAUCGAGGCCAACGAGAAGAUGGUCCAGAAGCUCCGCCACGCCAUCCAGGAGCGCAACGUCUUCAAGCUCGGCGAGGUCUGCGACGAGACGAACUACUGGUUCACGCCGCGCGAGGCCAAGUUCUGGCACGAGGACAUCGCCAUGGCCCACGGCAAGCUCAAGGAGUACGAGUCGAACAUGAAGCUCUGCGUGACGGACUCCAUGUGGAAGGCCUACAGCGACCUCCGCAAGGUCCAGCAGCGCAUCGUCAACGCGUACCGCGAGGAGGACCGCGAGAUCACGGGCAAGCUCCGCCCGGGCAUGGAGAAGAUGCUCAAGGACGUCCAGGAGCUCUUCGAGUCGACGCAGGGCCUCAAGGCCCUGGCCAAGGACCGCGGCGUCGUCACCGACGGCUGCCGCGAGAAGGGCGACCUGGUCGACGUCCUGCUGGAUGCGCGCGUGUACCUGCCGCGCGCGGCGGCGCCGGCUCGGGCCGCGCCGCCGCGCGCGGAACCGGCGCCGUCGCGCGCGGAACCGGCCUCCGACGACGACGACGACGAGCUCCAGUGGAACGACCAGGACUCGUCGGACGACGACGAGCCCUGGGCGGCGGACGGCGACGGCUCGGAGGAGUCGGCGCCGCGGGAGGUCACGCAGCCGUCGUCGCUGCCGUCGCCGGCGGAGGAGGACGAGGCCUCGACGGACGGCAUCUCCUUCGAGGCCUUCGACGCCUUCGUCGCGGCGGGCCCGGGGAGCGACGCGGGGAGCGACGCGGAGAGCGACGGCGACGCCACGACGGAACACGCCGCCGCGACGUCGGAGGCCGCGGCGUCGGAGGAGCAGCCGGAGGCCGCGGCGUCGGAGGCCGCGCCGUCGGCGGCAGCGGCGUCGGAGGAGCAGCCGGAGGCCGCGGCGUCGGAGGCCGCGGCGUCGGAGGCCGCGGCGUCGGAGGAGCAGCCGGAGGCCGCGACGUCGGAGGCCGCGGCCUCGGAGGCCGCGGCGUCGGAGGAGCAGCCGGAGGCCGCGGCGUCGGAGGAGCAGCCGGAAGCGCCGGGGAACGAGCACCCGGAGGCGCCGGAGGACGCGUCGGAGCAGCCGGAGGACGUGGACCCCGCGGCGCUGGCGGCGGCGCGCGCGCGCGCGCCGCCGGGCGUCCGCGAGCUCUGGGAGGCGACGGGCCUCGACCUGGACGCGCAGCUCGCCGAGACCAUGCGCCGCCCCGGCGACUACGACCUCGCCGCCAUGGAGGCCCAGGCCGCGGAGCUCCGGACGAAGGCCCUGGGCCUCGCGUUCCUCGCGGCCGAGGCGCGGGGGCGGAGCGGCCUCUACAACGACGAGCAGCGCACGCACGCGCCGGACGUCGAGGUCCUGGCGCGGCGCGCGGCCGCGGGCACGCUCUCGCUCGCCGAGGCCGUCGUCGCGGGCAGCGGCGCCUUCGCGCACGCGUCGGCGUUCCGCAAGCUCGCCGACGAGGUCUGGAGGCACGGCGGCGGCGCGCGCUCCAUCGAGGCGGCGGAGAACUGCCUCGCGGGCCACAAGGUCUGCUUCACGGGCGUCUUCGAGACCAUCGGCCGCAACCGGCCGGACACGCAGGGCCACAUCCGCGAGCUCACGGCGCGCUUCGGCGGCAUAUGCCGCGACGGCGUCACGAGCUCGACGACGGUCCUCGUCGUGGGCCGCGGCGAGAAGGGCGAGGGCGGCCACCGCGACGGCAAGGGCGAGUCGCCGACGACGUCGUCCAAGUACCGCAAUGCGCUCAAGGAGAACGAGAAGCGCGGCAAGAAAGAGGCGGCCGAGCAGCGGAGCUUCGACGAACAGGCCGCGAAGAUCGCCGCGAAGAAAGCGCGGAAGCCCUACGAGAAAAGAAAAUACCCGGCCGUGAAGAUCCUCUACGAGGACGAGUAUUUGGCGUGGAUCGCGACGCUCGACGGCGCGCCCGCCGCGCCCGCCGCGCCGCCCGUCGACGAGCGCACGUCGACGGCGGCGCCGAAGCAACAGCCGAGCCUGGACGAGAUCCGCUACACGCCCCGGACCGGCGCGAUGCACGGCCGCGGCGAGGUCGGCGCGGGCGCCCUGGCCGACGCGCUCGCGGCGCCGAAGGGCUUCACGCUCGACAACGCGCUCGUCGCGUCGGGCGAGCAGCUCGACGGCAUCUUCGCGCACACCAUGCUCCAGCGCUGCGCCUGCGCCGACGGCGCGGGUGGCAAACACGACGACGACGACGGCGCGGCGAUGGAGUACUGCGAGUCCUACGUCACGGUCCAGUGGUCCGGCGCGGGCGGCGUCUACGACGAGCGAGGCGGCGACGCGAGCGACGGCGACGAGGUCGCGAGCCAGCGCGCGCACCGCGGCCAGUCCAAGUGGCUCGCCGCGGGCGCGAAGCCGGCCUUUUCCACGACGACGGGCAAGAAGUUCGAGGCUGCGCGGGUCAUCACGUCCGACAGCCUCGACAGCGUCUGCAAAGCGCGGCGGAAGCCGGAGCUCGGCGUCCAGUACGGGCUCUUGGCGGACACGAAGCUCGGCAUGGGCCAGGCGCACCAGAAGUUCUUUCUACUGAGGUUCCGGUCCACGGACGACGACGGCGCCCGGGGCGUCGUGCGCCUCGUGGUUUCGUCGGGCAACUGCGCCGCCGUCACGUACAGCAGCGCGCCGAGCCGCCAGCUCGUGGGCCUCUGGUGGGCCGACUUCGAGGAGAAGAGCGACCCGCGGCCGUCGGCCUUCCGCGACGCGCUGCUCCACCACGCGCGGGCCCUCGUCGACUCCCGGACGCCGACGAAGCACGACAAGGACCGCGAGCGCGCGCUCGAGCGCUGCGAGGCGCUCUUCGCGGCCUGCGCGCGCGCGGACUUCGCGGCGGCCGACGACGCCGACGUGCGCCUCGUGUCGUCGGUGCCGGGCGUCCACGCCCGCGACGCGGCGCUCGGCGAGGACGGCGUCCGCGCGGCCUUCGCCGAGGCCGCGGGCGGCGAGAAGCUCGACGUCGCCGUCGUCUGCCACUCCUUUGGCGGCUUCGGGGGCCCGGCGGGCGGCGAGCGGCUGCGGCGGCUCCGUGGGGCCCUGGCGCCGAACGGCGGCGCCAUGGCCUUGUUUUGGCCCGAGCGCAACGACAGCGAGCUCAUCGACGUCAAGCGGCGAGCACCCGACGUCGGCCAAGUGAACGCGUCGGACGAGACGCGGCUCAUCGACAGGCUCCGCUCCCAAAGCUCGCUCGCGUGCCUCAAGGCGCCGCGCGACGAGCGCGCGCGCGGGAACAAGUUCGUCUGGAACCCGCACCUCAUGCUCUACGUGCUCCACGACGGCCGCGGCGCGGUCCGCCGCGCGCUCCUCACGUCCGCGAACCUCUCCGCGGCGGCCUGGGGCCGGCGCCGCUCCGCGAACGAUCCCGAGAACGCGGACGCGUGCGACGCCGCCGGCGCGCUGGAGAUCCGCUCCUUCGAGCUCGGCGUCUGCGUGCCCGUCGCGCCGGACGCGGGCGAGGGCUUCCCCUUCGUCUUCCCGCCGAGCAGCGCGGGCGACUGCCUCUACCCCUACGUCGGCGUCCGCCGCAACGACGCGCCCACGGACAAGGGGCACAUGUACUUCUAA